GUUGGGCAAUAGUUCAAGUUUGUUGUUUUUGCUUGCAUGGCGUUUCUUGCAUGCCAUUGCAUGCCAAUGCCAUUGCAUUAGAAAGUUGUUGUGGGUGGGGUUUGGAUCGGCAAGAAAAUCUGCGAGAUAUUCAACAUUAAUACCAAUCCAAAUCAAAUGGUUACAGCCAGGGAGUUAAGUACCUAGCUGGAUACAGUCUGAGUCGCCAGUUGGUUUGAUUGAUAGACAGUGCUGCUCUAUGGGCUGGUGACUAGCAAGGAAGCUCAAAAUGUGUCCGUAUUUGGGCCAACAUGUCGCGGCAUGGCUGAUCUGCUCAGCUACGGAGAGGAAGACAUCAGCCGCCUGUUCCCCAAGUGCCGCGGCCAGCUGUCGCCCGGAGGCCAUGUGAGCAGCCGCGACCUGAUCGACCUCAGCGAACCGCCCGCCGACGCAUCCGCGCCCGGCGCCGCACUCUUCCCCGGACCCGCGCCCGGAGCCGGAGCCGCCGCCGGAGUCAUGGACGAGGUGGUGCGCCGGGGCUCGUGCGAGCCGCCCGGUGACGCCGACUCCGACUCGAGCUCCGGCCGGCCGAGCGCGGCGCGCGACUCGCGCAUCGAGCUGGCCGGCGGUCGAGAGCUGUUCUGCCAGAGCCGCAGCCGGCCCGGCAAGCGGCGGCCGCAGCCGGGCGCGCGCGCCGAGCGCCGACUGCCGGCCGAGCCGCCGCCGCCGCCGGCCGAGGCCACCAACUCGCUGCACCUGGCCAUCCUCGGCUUCCAGCCCAUCCGCGAGACGACGCUGGGCGGCUCGGUCGGCAUGGCCGGCGACGGGUUCGACGUGGGCGACACGCCGGUGGACGGCCGCGCCGGCAUCGGCGAGGUGAGCUGCGCGCCGCCGGCGCCCGCCGUGCCCUCCGUGGCCGUCACCCGGCAGACCAACGGCCGCGCCGCGCCGGAGGAGGCGCCGCGCCCGCCCGACACCCAGCGGCUGAUCGGCUCCGUGCCGAUCGCCGACUACGAGGGCUCGCCGCGCCGGUACGGACCCAAGCCGGCGGUGGUGCGGCCCGCCGGCCGGCCCGGCUUCCCGCAGCGCGUGUGGCAGGAGUCGCCGGCGCCGCCGCGCGAGCCGGCCCAGGAGCCGCGCUGGCCCGACAGACAGGUGGUGGAGCAGGCCGAGCCGACCGGACAGUACUUUUGGCCGGCCGAGGUGCGCGAAAUGACUCAGAGUGCGCCGGUGCCCGGUGACUUUUCGUUGGCCGAUCUGGCGCCGCCGCUGGCGGAGCUCGCCUCUGGGGACUCUGUGCCAGUGCCGCCGGCCGCCGCGCCCGUCACGCCGGUCUCGGUGGCGGCGGCGCCGACCGCGGUGCUAUCGGGUGUCGCGGCGGCGCCGGACCGGCCUGCCGAGCUGGCGGCGCGGCCGGCCGUCGCCCAGUCGGGCUCUGAGUGUGCCGGGACCAGUGCGGAGCGGAGCAGUGUGGAGCGGGCGCCGCCGGCCGCCGCCGAGCCCAGCCGGAACUUCACGCUGUCGCCGGAGACGACCGAGUGUGACUCCGGCGAGGUGGAGUCUGAGCUGUCCGAGGGCAGCCUGCCGUCCAGCGGCCGGCUCUGCCCGGCCAUGCCGGUGCUGGAGGACGGCCUGUCGGACGGCGAGAGGACUGACGGGGAGGAGGACGCUCCCCCGCCGCCGGCCCCGCCGCCGGUGAUGGCGCCGGCGGACGCUACUGCGGCGCUGAUCCGGCACCACCUGAGCCAGCUGGAGGGGGAGCGGAGACAGCCGGCAGCUCCUCCUCCGCUGCCGCCGGGAGUGACGCCCGAGGAGGGCCGCGUGGCGAACAACAUCACCCCGACCCGCCACAGGGAGGUGGAGUCGUAUCUCAGCCAGCAGCAGCAGCAGCGGCUGAUGCACCAGGAGCAGCAGCAACUCCAGCUGCAGCUGCAGCAGCAACAGGAGCAGCUGCAGCACCAGCAUCAGCAGCAGCUUCAGCUACAGCAGCAACAGGAGCAGCAGCAGCAACAGAAACUACUCCAGGAACACCUACAAAAGCAGCAGCAAUAUCACAUCCAGCAGCAGCAGUUGAAACAUCAGCAGCUACAGCAACAGCAGUACCAACUUCAGCAGCAGCAGCUGCAACAGCAGCAAAUGCAACAGCAGCAAAUGCAACUGCACCAGCCGCCGCCUCCGCCGCCGGCGGUGCCGCAGCCACCACCGCAGCCGCCGCCCCAGCAGCAGCACUUCAGGACGCGAUACGGCAACGGGGACUUGGAUCUGCGCUCACUGGAUCCUUUGGGCACCUCCACGCCGCCGCCUCCCCCUCCGCCGGCGCCCGGCUCACCACCUCCACCGCCACCUCCGCCGCCAUCCUCUGGCUCGGGCCGCUCGCCGACGCCGCCUGGCGGCCACCAGGGGGCGGGCCGGCACCGGGGUCCGGCCAGCCCGCCGCCCUCCGACACGGUGCAGGCGGCCAUCCAGGACAUCCGACAGGCUAUCCGGCGGACCCGCACCCUGCCGCAGCGCAGCUCGCCGCCCGAGGAGGACGGCGGCCGGCCGGCGCGGCCCGUCUGGGUUCCCAGACGGACGUCCGGCUACCAGAAGGUGUCGACAGAUUGCGACGACCCGGCGGCCGGCACCCGACACGACAUCGGUGCUCUGGGACAAGACGGUUCUGUUCCGAUUCCAAGGCGUCCCAAUGAGGCGGACACGGAUCAGGAGACGGACCGUCUGCUGGGUCAGCAGCGCACCGUCACCGGCGACAGCGCCGACCUGGACAAGGGUCAGCAGCGCACCGUCACCGGCGACAGCGCCGACCUAGACAAGGUGAGUAGCCUCUACCCGGUCCACAGGGUCAGCAGCGCACCGUCACCGGCGACAGCGCCGACCUGGACCAAGGUGAGUAGCUUCUACCAGGGUUCAGUCACCGGCGACAGCGCCGACCUAGACAGGGUGAGUAGCCUCUGCGCGGGCCAGCAGCGCACCGUCACCGGCGACAGCGCCGACCUGGACAAGCGCCGCCUGCACUCGCAGAUUACCGGCCUGGUGUGCCGCAGUUCUGCCCAGCUGUUGGUUCUCUCCGGGGGCGGCGUGGAACCGGACACCCACGGCCCAGUGUGUGCUCUCGGACCGUUCCGCGCCGGCUCGGCCCCCGGUUUAUGGAGCUCCCAGCGGCGCCGUGUCUCGCCGGCGCUUUGUGUGCUCUCGCCCGAGUCGGCGAUUCUCUCGGACGAGUAA